AUGCGGCUUGCCGGGUUGACAGCCAGUAGUUCUUUCGUUUGGAAGUCAAUCUCAGAUCGAGUAAGACGCUUGCAGCGAAGAUGGGCAAAGGUAAGGGCAAGGGAAAGGGCAAGAAGGAGCGUGCUGACAAAUGAGUCUGCUCGAAGCAGCCUGAACCCCGAAGCACGAUCUCGGAGAUAUCUUUCUGAUUUCUUCUACCGCCACCCCUCCAAGUAUCAGCCUGGCGAGGACGAUGACGUGAAGUGUGCAUUGGUUGAGUACGUCCGUGGCAUCAAGGCUCGAAAGUGGACCCUUCAGCUUGGCCAGACCUACGACGUGGGCCGCGCAGGCAUGAACGGGGCCUCUCUGCCUCUGAGCCCGGAGGUAACCACAGAUUUCUGCAGAGCCCAGGCAAUCACCCAGGUGGACUCCGAGCUCAUCCUCGUAGCCCUGGACCAUGGGUCUACGAAUGGAACCUUCAUCAACAAGUCGCGCCUGGAGAAGGACGGAAUUUGGAGUGUGUUUGGAACACUCCACAAGCCUUCUUCUUGUUGUUGCCUAUUGCUGAGGCAAUGGCAUUGCUGA